CAAUUUCAUUAAUUUCUCGAUAUGUUAUUAUCAAAAUCGACAUUUGCUCAUCACUAGUAAUUGUCUAUGGAAAUUAAACACGUUUCGCGGCCAUUCGCGCCAAAACGCCGAGGUUCGAGUAACGGGUUUUGUCGAUGGUUAUAAAGAACGCACAAAACAUUAUGCAUCAUAGUGACGGUUUAUGCAAUGACUGAAAUAGUGUCGCGCCAUAUUUAAACUGAAUUGAUUUUGCUAAGAGAUUUUAUUGAUUUAAUUUGUAUAAUUAUAAAAUAAUAGAACGGUAUCCAUCAAUAAUGUCGGAGAUAUCUAGUAGUACUAUAUUACCUAAUAACAUUUACGAGGAAGAACUAAAUGAUGAAACCACUAUAGAUAUGUCGUAUAAAAGCUUGGACACCAUACCAAAUAUUAAUACGAAGUCUGUAUGCGUGCUUUACCUGAAAGACAACAACAUUUCAACACUUCCUGAUGAUUUCUUUCCAUCUCUACCGAGUCUGAUGUGGCUGGACAUGAGAAAUAAUAAACUUACAGAAAUUCCUAUAACUAUUCAGGAGCAUCCUUGCCUAUCCCAUCUAUUACUUCAAAAUAAUUGUUUAACUUCAUUGCCCAACGAAUUGGGAACGGUAUUUAGUUUAAAAUUAUUGCAAUUGAACGGAAAUCCGCUUACAUACCCGCCUGAAGAAAUAUUACAAGCCGGAACUUCAAAAAUAUUGUCUUACUUACACAAUAAGUAUAUGGACGCCAUAUUCACUCAUUCCCAGUCAGAAUUGUCCGAAGAAACAGCUAGCAUAAUCAGUGUUUUCCCUGAAAGUAUUUUUAGCCAAAACGCUCGUAGUUACAAUUCGGUCAUUGAUCAAGCCCAGUUAGUAAAAAGUAAAACUUUGUCUGUGAAAUUCAACGACAAGGAGGGUGCUUCGGAAACGGAAGAGUACUAUUCGAAAUUUAAAGGGAAAAAAUGCCCAAGGUUGGCCGAGAGUCGUAUCAGUUUCCCGCCAAAACAGAGCGCCAAGUAUCUUCGGCCGUUGUACGCGCCAAGUAAGCAGGAACAAGAUGCCAAGAUGAAGAGGAGUUAUUUGAAAGAGGUGGCGCUGAAGAAACAUAAAGAUUUUCUUGCGACCAGUGACAAGAUUUUACAACAAAGAAAGAACGCGGAGCUCCUCCGCCAGUGGCAGCGCAACUACCGCGACUGUAAACAACUCGUCAAGAGCACCCACACCCCCAGUUUCCCCUACGACGUCAGCCCGGAGUACAUGACUCUGCUCUCUCGGGAGGAUAUUGAGAAAGACCUGCCCGAUAAAUAUAGGAAGAAGAUUGUUCGAAGGUCCAAACCAACGAUUCCCAGAAAAGGCAACAGCGACGUCCACCUGGCGCUGCGAAUCAAGCAGCUGUUCGACAAUCUCGAGUCUAUAGACCUCAACGGAGGGUCCAUGACGCCUAGAACUGAACAGAAGGUGCUGCUCAACGAGAUACAGAAGAUCACGGAAAUAAAACAAAAGCUGAUGGAGCUGACCGGGGCGAACGGGAGGUCAUUUGCAGCAGAUUGAAACUUAAAUUUAUUGUGUUAAGGUCCACAUUUCCACUAUCACCGAAGGCUCUUACUACCUACUUGCAUGCAUGCUAUGCAUUUCACUGGCAGAGUGGUUUCACUACCUAUGUUUUUAGUUUACAUUCUUAUACAGGAUGGCUAAAAAAAUAACUUCAUUCCCGUUGCCAAGGAGGUUUUGGGAUUAUACUGAGCAACUUUUACUAUGGGACCAACCCCGAAAUCGCGAAAAAAAAAAAUUACCCUCCCAUAGAAAAAAGACCAGCCAAAAUGUAUCAAACAGCUAAAUUAUUUUUCACGAUUUCGGAGUUGGUUCCAUAGUAAA